AUGUUUGGCAGGCAAGAGAAGGAUAUCGAAGAGUUUAAUAAGCUAAACUCUCAUAAUCCAGAUAAUUUGCAUCGUGACACAUUUGGAAUUGUCAACGAUAUAGAUGAUGGGGUUUCUGCGGAUCCAAAUGUGAUGAAUGAGUUCGUACUUCCCGGCGGAAAGAGUGGCGAUUUUGAGGUUUUUAGAAAUAGUGAAGACAACAGUAAUGGUGAUUCUGAGAACUUUUACUUUGCAAAUUUGAAGCAAAGAGAUGAUACCAAUAAGGAUUUCGAAAACGAAGAAAAUAUGGAGCAGUUUGAUAGAUUAAAAGAUGAGUCUGGACCAGUGGAGAAUGAUACUUUUGAUCUCGACAAUGAUUUGGAUGGAAAUGAUAUCAAAAGAUUCGAAUAG